AUGAGAGAACAACGAUUAAGUUUUAUUAGCACAUCAACUGGUUACAGCUCGACGAGGAGCAGUCUCAGGAGCUCUGAUAUAGAUGUUUCUUAUAGUCGUGAAUCGUCAUUAUCUGAAGCACGUCGACUCAAAAUUCUGAAAUUUUCGAAUUGCAAUAUAUCGCAGUUGGAUCGAAUCGCUAUGGAAUUACUGGAGACAGAACGUUGUUAUGUGAAUGAUCUCAAUGAUGUUAUUCAAGGCUAUCUCAAUUUUUUCGUUAACCAUCGUGAUGAAUUCCGAAUGACAAUUGACGAUGUUUCGAGUACUUUCGGCUGUAUAGAGCGUAUUUUUCUUUUCAACAAAUGUUUCUACCAUCAACUUGAUGCUGCACUAUUGAAUGUUGUCCAGAUGGCUAAAUGUUUCAUCGAUAACGCGAGUGGUUUCAAAGACUAUGUAACUUAUUGCACGAACUAUCAAAGGAUGAUUGAGACUUUGACGGAAUUCAUGAAAAACGGUGCAAUCACUGAGACUCUGGCAUUGAGGCAGUCAGUUCUUGGGCAUUCACUUCCACUAAGCGCUUAUCUUCUAAAACCGGUUCAACGAAUUCUCAAAUAUCAUCUUUUCAUGGAAAAUAUUCUUAAGCACUCGGUUGACAAUAAAAAUAUAUCAGAUGCAGAUAUAGCAGUUAUUCGUCAAGCAAUGGAUCAAAUGACAGCACAAGCAGAAAAAAUUAAUGAAGAGAAAAAAAGAGUUGAACAUUAUGAGCGAGUUCGUGAAUUACAAAAUGUUCUUCAACGAUGGGGUCUUGAUGAAAAGCAAGACUUGUCAAAAUACGGAGAUUUACUUCUUGAAGGUCUUUUUAAAAUAGCUGGCUCAAAAACCAAUCGUCUAUUAUUCCUUUUUGAAGAAAUGCUUUUAAUCGUCAAAGAGCGCAGUGGUGUUUUGAUUUGCAAAGAUUAUAUUAUGUGCUCAAAUUUAAUGCUAAAUGAAUCGAUCAGCUCUGAUCCUCUAGCAUUCCAAGUGUUAUCAUUUGACAAUCCAAAAAUUCAUUAUAUUUUUCUUGCUUGUAAUCCGGAGCAGAAAAGGCGUUGGAUGAAAGAACUGAAGCGAAUGAUGUUGGAUCAUUAUACAGUCGAAAUUCCUGAACGAGCUAAAUUGUUGGUGCUUAGUGUUGAUAAUGGUCCUAAACAAUACAAUAGUCCAGAAGAAUCAGGAAGCGAUAUUAAUUUCAAAAACAGGAAGAAAAUUCCAAAAUAUUUAGAGAAGCGUCGCAAAAGUAUCGAAGCAAGUUCAAUAACAAAACGAUCAAAUUGGUCUUCCACUGACCUCAAAAAUUCGAAUAAUAAACUUUUGAGAGCGGUGAAAUUUUUAAUAAAACUUAUUGGCAUGAAAUUUCAUUCAAGCAUUUUUGUUCAAUAA